AUGUCCGCUUACACCCAGGCACCGACAUCAGCACCCCAAGUACCCGGACCAAUGCUAGGAGGACCUGUUCUACCCGCAAUCUCAGAACUUCAUCGACAUGCUGAACCUGCCCCGCUCCCGCAUUUUCGCCCUCUCUACUCCGGCCCGCAUGGACCUUCACCGCCUCGACACACGCAAAAUACUAACCAUUCUCCCCCUUCAACGCUAAAACGACAAGCUUCUCAAACCCCUCUACCCGACGAAAGUCCAGCCAAGAAGCAGUCCAAAUGGACACCAGAGGAGGACAACCUGACUAUUGAGCUGCGGGGUCAAGGAAUGAAGUGGGACGACAUUGCGAAACGACUACCAGGACGAAGCUCCAUUUCCUGCCGAUUACGGUAUCAGAACUACCUCGAGAAGCGAGCCAUUUGGGACGAAGAGAAGAAAAACAAACUCGCAAGACUCUACGCACGAUUCAAGGACCAAAUGUGGCAGAAGGUUGCUACAGAGAUGGGCAUUCCCUGGCGGUCCGCCGAAUCGAUGCACUGGCAGCUGGGAGAGCAGGAGAUGAGCGCGCGUGCAAAUGCGCCGGUGUUUCAGCUUCACCCAUCUGCAACCGGUACAGGCAUGAGCUCGCCAUCGCAAGUGCCCGUUGUACCUGCCUCUGCCCCGCAUGGCUUCACACCCGCCAACGCCCCUCAGUUGAUGCCGCAACCACCGCCGAUGCCGCCGCAGCUGCACCAGGUGCCCCCACCAAUGCCUCAAGGACCACCGAUGCACUACGGUCACCAGCGGACCGACAGUGGCUCGAGUGCAGGUGGACGAAGGAGGAGGAAUAGCUCAUUCAGUCGCAGACGCGCAGACCCUCGAUCCCGGUCGAGUGUUCCCCCUCAGCUAGGUCAACCUCUUCCCCAGAUUCAACCACAGUCAGAAGAGGACUUGAUCAGCGGUGCCCGGACAGCACCCGUACCAGGGAUGCAGUCGAUCAUCAAGCGAGAGUUGGAGGGACCUAGCUAUAUGGAGGCUUACCACCAGAGGAGGCGGGAAGAAGAGGCUGCAGCAGGCCCAUCACGAUCGGAACACGAGGCACGGAGCCAGGGUGUGAGGAGUCCUGACAGGAUGUCCCAACGGAGUGCGACCGGAAGCAUCAAGAGCAUGAAGCGCGAGCCAGAGGAAACCGAGCGAACAGCCACAGUACCCUCCCCGCCUCAACCGUCCACGCCUUACGAGCGACCGGCAUCAGCAGUUGCAUAG